CGAUGCCCUGUGUCGGGGGAAUUGGGUGCACCUGGCCGGGUCCGAGCCUUGUAGAGACCGGCCCCUCCUCCUGGGCCAGCCCCACCCACCGGGCCUCCCCUCUCCACUGCUCUCCAUCCCUGAGCUCUCUCCACCUGGUCCGCGAUUCUUCCGCCCCUCGCUCCAACCACCUUUCAGACGCCCUGGGCGCUCUGGCCGAGCGGGCGGCGAGCUGGGGGGAUGCGCUCCAUCAAGGCUCUACAGAAUUCGCUGAGCAGGGCCGGCAGUCACUGCCGGCGGGGAGGCUGGGGUCACCUGAGCCAGAACCCUCUCCUUGGCUGGGGUGCCCGGCACCACCUCAGUGAGCUGGCGGCGCAGGGCAGGGAGACGCCGCACAGCCUUCAGACGCAGCACCAGGACCAGGGAACUAACAUCCCGAACGCUGCCUGGCCCAGCCCUGCCUCCAAAAAAACCGAAGAAGGCAAGACAGUAGAGGGGGAGGACUGUUUUCCGUCAGUAAGAUGUGACUCUUCAGAGAGUGGCAUGCUGUCCCGUCUGGGUGACCUGCUCUUCUACACGGUUGCCGAGGGACAGGAACGAAUCCCUAUCCACAAGUUCACCACUGCGCUGAAGGCCACCGGACUGCAGACGUCAGAUCCCCGGCUCCGGGACUGCAUGAGCCUGAUGCGCCGCAUGGUUCGAGAGUCCAACAGUGGUGGCCUCUUGGACCGAGAUCUCUUCCGAAAGUGUGUGAGCAGCAACAUUGUGCUACUGACUCAGGCCUUCCGAAAGAAGUUUGUCAUUCCUGAUUUUGAGGAGUUCACUAACCACGUGGACCGCAUCUUUGAGGAUGCCAAAGAGCUCACUGGAGGCAAGGUGGCAGCCUACAUCCCUCAGCUGGCCAAGUCAAACCCGGGCCUGUGGGGCGUCUCGCUGUGCACCGUGGAUGGCCAGCGGCACUCCGUGGGCCACACCAAGGUCCCCUUCUGCCUGCAGUCCUGCGUGAAGCCCCUCACCUAUGCCAUCUCCAUCAGCACCCUGGGCACGGACUACGUGCACAGGUUCGUGGGCAAGGAGCCCAGCGGCCUGCGCUACAACACGCUCUCCCUCAACGAGGAAGGAAUCCCCCAUAACCCCAUGGUCAAUGCUGGCGCCAUUGUCGUGAGCUCUCUGAUCAAGAUGGACUGUAACAUAGCAGAAAAGUUUGACUUUGUCUUGCAAUAUCUGAACAAAAUGGCUGGGAAUGAAUACAUGGGCUUCAGCAAUGCCACAUUCCAGUCAGAGAAGGAAACGGGGGAUCGGAAUUAUGCCAUCGGGUAUUAUCUAAAGGAAAAGAAGUGCUUUCCUAAAGGGGUGGACAUGAUGGCUGCCCUUGAUCUCUACUUCCAGCUGUGCUCCGUGGAGGUGACCUGUGAGUCGGGCAGCGUCAUGGCGGCCACUCUGGCCAAUGGCGGCAUCUGCCCCAUCACCGGAGAGAGCGUGCUGAGCGCCGAGGCCGUGCGCAACACCCUCAGCCUCAUGCACUCCUGCGGCAUGUACGACUUCUCGGGCCAGUUUGCCUUCCACGUGGGCCUGCCGGCCAAAUCAGCUGUGUCAGGAGCCAUCCUCCUGGUGGUGCCCAGCGUCAUGGGGAUGAUGUGUCUGUCACCUCCACUGGACAAGCUGGGGAACAGCUAUAGGGGGGUCAACUUCUGCCAAAGGUUGGUGUCUCUCUUCAAUUUCCACAACUACGAUAACCUGAGGCACUGCGCUCGGAAAUUAGACCCACGGCGCGAAGGGGGAGAAGUCCGGAACAAGACUGUGGUCAACCUGUUAUUUGCUGCCUCUAGUGGAGAUGUCUCAGCUCUUCGAAGGUUUGCCUUGUCGGCCAUGGAUAUGGAGCAGAAAGACUAUGACUCCCGCACCGCCCUGCACGUUGCCGCCGCUGAAGGACACACUGAAGUUGUUAAAUUCCUGAUUGAGGCCUGCAAAGUGAAUCCUUUUGUCAAGGACAGGUGGGGCAACACCCCCCUGGACGAUGCGGUGCAGUUCAACCACCUGGAGGUGGCGAGACUGCUGCGAGACUACCAGGAGUCUUACACACCGUCUGAGACCUGGGCCGAGGCUGCCGCGGAGGCCCUGUCCAAAGAGAACUUAGAGAGCAUGGUGUGAGCCUGGGGCACGCACGGUCCCUGCCCAAGAAGCAGCACGAGCUGGCCACGGACUUAACAUACAGCCACCAAACAUGCCACGGAGGGCCGCGCGGCUUCAGUGGAGACCAGGGCUGAGGCCAGUGCUUUUUGUGAAAGAGUCGAAAUACCCCAUUCCCUUGGCAGAAAGUACAGAGAAGUGCCUUUGUGGACCCCUGCAGUGAGCUACCUGCAAAGAUUGUGGGCUUCCUCUAGCACAGGCUAAUGGCUUAGCCCGCUCCAGAUCAUCCCAGGUCUUCACACAGGUCCCCUCUUCUCUCCGAAGAAGCCAUUCUGAGAGUGUCCAGCGGAGGGGCUCUAGCCACCCUACACGUGUAUAUAUACACAGAGAAAGAGGGAGCUAUGUACCGGGCUUUAGUAGUCUGGAGACUUCCCCCUUGGCCAGAAGGGCUGCUGCUACUGCUAAUAGCAAUUUUAUAGACAGAGGAAGUAUUUUGUGCUCAAAUAAACUUUAAUCACACAAAUUA